AUGUGGACAAUUGGGUUGUGUGUUGUAGCAUUGCUAGUCAUAUACUGUACUCAUUUGGUUAGAAAAUGGAAGAAUCCUAGCUGCAAUGGUGUUCUCCCACCUGGUUCCAUGGGCUUGCCUCUCAUUGGAGAGACCCUUCAUUUGAUCAUUCCAAGUUAUUCUCUAGACCUUCAUCCGUUCAUCAAGAAGAGGAUUCGAAGAUUUGGACCCAUUUUUCGAACUAACAUCUUGGGCCGACCUGUUGUGGUAUCGACCGAUCCUGAACUCAACCAUCUCAUCCUCCAACAAGAAGGAAAAUUGGUAGAGAUGUGGUAUUUAGACACAUUUUCCAAGCUUUUCAAUCAAGAGGGUGAAUCUAGGACAAGUGCAGUUGGAGUCAUUCAUAAGUAUGUCAGAAGUUUAUCCUUAACUCACUUUGGCGUCGAAACUCUUAAGAAAGGCUUGCUUCCUGAAAUAGAAGACAUGAUUAAGAAAACCCUGCAAAAGUGGUCAACUCAAGAAUCUAUUGAAGUGAAAUAUGGCUCUGCAGUUAUGGUUUUCAAUUAUAUUGCGAAGCACAUGUUUGGUUAUGAUGAUUCUGAAAACACAUCUGAAGACAAGAUAAGCGAAAAAUUCACCAAAAUAUCAGAGUUUCUUAUGUCCAUCCCCUUGAAUGUUCCUGGCACUACAUACCAUAAAUGUUUAAAGGACCGAGAGAAGGCAACCAAGUUUCUGAAAAAUAAACUAGAGGAGAGACGCAAUUCGCCAGAUAUGUAUCGAGGAGAUUUGCUUGAUCAGGUCAUUGCUGACUUGAACAAGGAGGAUAAAGAGAAGUUCUUAUCAGAUGAUUUCAUUAUUACAGUGAUCUUUGGAUUGUUAUUUGCCGGCUUCGAGUCAGUCUCGAAAAUACUGACGUUAACUCUUAAGUUGCUAGCAGACCACCCUUCAGUGUUACAGGAACUGAUAGCUGAGCAUGAGGGAAUCCUGAAAAAUAGACGAGAUUCAGAUCCCGUGCUCACAUGGGACGAGUACAAAUCAAUGACUUUUACACUUCAAGUUAUCAACGAAUCGCUAAGGUUGGGGAAUGGUGCGCCUGGAUUAUUAAGAAGAGCAUUGAAAGACAUUGAAUUUAAAGGAUUUACAAUUCCUGCCGGUUGGAUCAUAAUGGCUGUCACUUCUGCUUCUCAUUUGAACCCUGACGUCUACAAGGAUCCGCUCGCAUUCAAUCCAGCACGUUGGAAGGACAUGGACCCGUAUCUUGUAUCCAAGAAUUUCAUGCCUUUUAGUGGGGGAACUAGGCAGUGUGCAGGGGCAGAAUUCAGUAAAUUGCUCAUGGCCACCUUUCUCCAUGUCCUGCUCACCAAAUAUGAGUAUGUUCCUGUUUUUGUAGCAGGAUUGUUAAUGGCUUUUCUGGAUUUGAAUUUCUUAAUCAUAGGUGGACCAGAAUCAAGGGAGGACGAGUUGUUCGAGCUUGUGCUUGCUUAA